AUGGGGCCUUGUUAAUCUUAAUCUAAAUUGAAAUCAAGAAAAGAUUUGCAACAACCAACAUUAAUCAGAAAAACCGAUCAAGUACUCACAAAUAACAACCCUUCACUAAAUCUUCCAAGCUUUUCCCCUAACCAAGAGGUUAAUAGCGAGCCUUAUGACGACACUAAAAAAAACUUGUCCCAACUAAAAGUGUAUAGGUUUUCAUACAAGCAGUUUUACAGUGAAAUCACUUAAGGAAACAUGAGAUUGUAGUUGAAUUAGAAGUUGGUUCAGCAUAAUCUAACAGGUAAAAUCAGAGUAGUUGAACAAUACGAAAGAAAUUAAUAAAAUGAAGAGUUCAUCAGCCAAUUGAAGAGAUAUCCCCUGGACAACCCUCGGAUCGUAACUGUGCACGAAUUGUUCAUCGUUGAGGAAUACUACCAUCUGAUUGUCGAUUAUUGCAGCGGAGGACAACUCUCCAAUUACUACGUUGACAAAUCCAUCAUCCCAUUCACUGAAGCUGAAAUAGCCUCGAUCAUCUAUCAAGCUGCAGAAUCUCUUCGAUAUUUGGAACAGAUUGGAUUGACACAUGGCUUCCUGGAUUUAAAUAGUUUCUCCAGAGUCGAUAUGUCACAUCAUUUUCAAAUCAAACUUAGCGACAUAAGGGGUCUAUUUGUAAAGCCGAACUUGAAUAGACAUAAUGUUUUCAGUCUUCCACCUGAAGCCUGCAUUAAAAAAGACUAAAGUGAAUUCGAUCACCAGAGAGAUCUUUGGAGUUUGGGAGUGAUGGCAUAUUAGAUGAUAUGUGGAUAUCCUCCCUUUGAAGGAAAUACAAUUGAAUCAGUGAAAUCGUAAAUUAAAAAGAUGGCUGCCCAAUAUAACAAUUUUCAAUUCGAUAGAGUAUCCAAAUUAUGUAGACAACUGAUUCAAAGAGUGUUGGUGCCUGCUAAAUAGAGAAUAUCGCUGUAAGCCUUUAUGAAUGAUCAAUGGUUCAAGAUCAGAACCAAGUAAAAUGAUCAAAAUCUUUUAACGAAACUUUAGUAAAAUAAGGUCAAAGUUUCAGAACUCUAACAGUUGUUUUUGAUAUUCAUAAUUAAGAACAUUUGCUCAGCUGAUUAACAAUAACUCUAUACGGAAUUUGCCAAUUUGGAUGAAAAUCAAGAUGGACAAUUAACCAAAGAUGAGAUUCUCAGAGUGUAUUCGAAUCGGUUUGAUUCAAAGGCAGAUGCGAAGUUGUUCAUUGAAAACAUUUUCAAAAUAGCUGAUGUCGAUAAAAGUGGUACAAUAGAUUUCGGAGAAUUUCUGGUAGCCAUUACUGAUAAAUCUGGAUUACUGACUGAAGAAAAUCUUAAAACAACAUUUAAGAUGGUUGCAUCAAGCAAUGGUAAAUUGACCACAUAAAAACUCAGAUUUCAUUUCAACACUUCAGUCUCCAAAUUAGAUAAAUUGUUUUUAGAAAACUUUAAUAAUCCAUAAAAUGUUGGGUAUUCGGAAUUUGAAGCACUGAUGAAAUAGUUAUUGUGA